UCCCCAUGAACCCUGUCUGAGGAGACCUGCUGUGCAGGGGAACAGGAAAGUGGAUUCAUUUCCAGAGGACUCACAACUGUCAUCCGUGGUGCUGGCCUACGGAUGUUCGUCUGGCCACCUUUCAUUUCCUGGCUGUGAUAAGCUGUCCUUGGAGCAGCUGUUGACAGAGCUGGAUGACUUCCUCAAGAUUCUCGACCAGGAGAACCUGAGCAGCACAGCGGUGGUGAAGAAGAGUGGCCUGGCUGAGCUCCUCCGACUUUAUACCAAAAGCAGCAGUUCUGAUGAGGAGUACAUUUAUAUGAACAAAGUGACCGUCAACAAGCCGCAGAAUGCUGAGUCCCAAGACAAAGCACCUGAGGAGCAGAACCCACUGACCAACGGGGAGCCUGGCCAGCACUCUUUGGCCCCUCAGAAGAGUCUUCCAGACCUCCCACCACCCAAGAUCAUUCCAGAGCGGAAACAACUCUCCAUCCCAAAGAUCGAGUCUCCAGAGGGUUACUAUGAAGAGGCUGAGCCGUAUGACACAUCCCUCAAUGGUCGUCAUUCUGGCGGAUUUUCCCCCACUGGAGUCCCCAGAUGGGUGCAGGUGCCUGAAGGAGUCAUUUACGCUACAAUCACCUUGGAGGACGGAGAGGCGGUGAGCAGCUCCUACGAGUCCUACGAUGAAGAGGAGAACAGCAAGGGCAAGUCGGCGCCCCACCAGUGGCCCUCGCCCGAGGCCAGCAUCGAGCUGAUGCGCGACGCCCGCAUCUGUGCCUUCCUGUGGCGCAAGAAGUGGCUGGGGCAGUGGGCCAAGCAGCUCUGCGUCAUCAAGGACACCAGGCUCCUGUGCUACAAAUCCUCCAAGGACCACAGCCCUCAGCUGGAUGUGAACUUGCUGGGCAGCAGCGUCGUCCACAAGGAAAAGCAAGUGCGGAAGAAGGAGCACAAGCUGAAGAUCACACCAAUGAACGCCGACGUGAUCGUGCUGGGCCUGCAGAGCAGGGACCAAGCGGAGCAGUGGCUCAGGGUCAUCCAGGAGGUGAGCGGCCUGCCUUCAGAAGGAGCGUCCGAGGGAAACCAGUACGCCCCAGAUGCCCAGCGCCUGAACUGUCAGAAACUAGAUAUAAUGGAGAAGUACCUGUCAGCCUCGGAAUAUGGAAGCUCCAUAGAUGGCCACCCUGAGGUUCCAGAGGCCAAAGAUGUCAAGAAGAAAUCUUCUCCUGGCCUCAAACUGAGCAACCUAAUGAAUCUGGGCAGGAAGAAAUCUACCUCGCUGGAGCCUCCGGACAGGUCCCUCGAGACAUCCAGUUACCUGAACGUGCUGGUGAACAGCCAGUGGAAGUCACGCUGGUGCUCCGUCAGGGACAGCCACCUGCACUUCUUCCAGGACCGGAACCGGAGCAAGGUGGCCCAGCAGCCCGUCAGCCUGCUGGGCUGUGAGGUGGUCCCGGACCCGAGCCCCGACCACCUGUACUCCUUCCGCAUCCUCCACCACGGGGAGGAGCUGGCCAAGCUGGAGGCCAAGUCUUCUGAGGAGAUGGGCCACUGGCUGGGCCUCCUGCUCUCCGAGUCAGGUUCCAAGACAGACCCAGAAGAAUUCACCUACGACUACGUGGAUGCAGACAGGGUGUCCUGUAUCGUGAGUGCGGCCAAAACCUCUCUGCUACUGAUGCAGAGAAAGUUCUCAGAGCCGAACACUUAUAUCGACGGCCUGCCCAGACCAGACCGCCAGGAGAUGCUGUACGAUGACGUGGAGACGUCGGAGCUGACGGCUGUGGUGGAAACUCCUGAGGAAGCCGCCCCUGUGACAGAAGCUCCCAGCGAAUCCCAGCCCGACCGAGUCUACCUGGACCUCACACCUGUCAAGUCCUUUUUGCACAGCUCCAGUGGGGCCCAGGCCCAGACCCCAUCCCCGCCGCCAGCCCACCUGGAACCCCCAGCUGAGGCUGCCCCUGCGGACUCAGGCCCUGCCCUGGCUGAACCCCUUGUCGAGUCUCCAGAGAACCCCGAGUUGCAGACGCCGCAACAGGAGAGUGCAGACCCUGAGGAGCCUUCCCUGAGAACCACAACAGUCAAAAUCCAGACUGAACAGCAGAAGAUCUCCUUCCCGUCGAGCUGCCCCGAUGCCACAGCUGUCACCCCAGCUGGCGCCAGCCCUCCUGUGAAGGACAGGUUGAGGGUGGCCACUGCAGAGAUCAAACUUGGCAAGAAUAGGACAGAAGCCGAGGUGAAACGGUACACAGAGGAGAAGGAGAGGCUCGAGAAGAAGAAGGAAGAAAUCCGGGGGCACCUGGCUCAGCUCCGGAAAGAGAAACGGGAGCUGAGAGAGACUGUGUUAAAAUGCACAGACAAGGGGGUCCUGGCCAGCCUGGAGCAGAAGCUGAAGGAAAUCGAUGAGGAGUGCAGGGUCGAGGAGAGAAGGCGUGUGGACCUCGAGCUCAACAUCGUGGAGGUGAAGGACAACCUGAAGAAGGCGGAGGCCGGGCCCGUGACACUGGGCACCACCGUGGACACCACCCACCUGGAGAGCGUGAGCCCCCGGCCCAAAGCUGCCACCCCCACCCCUGCCCCAGACUGCACCCCAGUCAACUCUGCUACGGCGCUCAAGAACAGGCCGCUUUCGGUCAUGGUCACGGGCAAAGGCACCGUCCUCCAGAAAGCGAAGGAAUGGGAGAAGAAAGGAACAAGUUAGGAAACAAGCUUCAUCUAAAGACUCUCCUGCCAUCACGGGCCUUGGUGACAAUCCAGCUUCGUUAAAGUCUUCAUUAAAGCAGCAACUCUAUGAAAGGGUGAGUCUGCUCAGAAGAAAAAGGAUGGACUAUGGUACUCUGGGUGGAGAGCACUGGCUAAGAGGGGGCUCUGUCCAUUUUCAGAGCCAGAGGAAAUACUACAACAAUAAAGAGAAGGCUUCUUGGGAGACCUAAUCGCUCCUGGGUGGAAACAAGACAUUGCUGUAGUUAGGGGUGUUCUGUGUCUCUUCUUUGAAAUUUUCAUCAACUGCUUUAUCAAGCUUUUUUAAGUAGUGAAAAGCAUCUGAUGGUGGGACUUUGGUGGAAAAGAAAUCAAGGUAGCAAGACCCCAUCCCACUGGUCGUGUGGCUUGGGUGACCCAGGAGACCCCAACUCCUGAUUGUCGUCUCUCCUCCAUGUGUCGACGCCUCUCCACCACGAGCAGGUGCGGCUCAGUCUUCUGUGGUUUUAAACAGCAUCGCUACCACCUGUGUAAAAGCCAUCCCUGACAUGCUUUUUGAGAAACAGUAAUGGGAAGUUACGUGGGACCAAGCCGAGGUAGUAGGGGCUGUCCCCACUAAGUUAAGGACUUUUUUUUUUUCAGCCUAAAGCAGGCCUGAACCCAUUGCCUUUAGAUAAAAAUUUAUGUGAUGCUGUAUUAUAUAGAAAAAGUUUAAAAUCCUGUAAUUUAGAACAGUGAAAAGUGUCAAAAAGUAUCUUCUUGAGCUCUGACUUUUUACAUUAGCGUAGGAGGAAAGAUGACCCACUGUUUACAGAUGCCGUCCUGUGGCUGGGCCAUUUUUAGGGGAAAAGUUCAUUAAGUCCUUAAUGUCCACGCGCCUUCCAAGAAAAAUGUGGUGAAUUCUGUUUUGGGUUGACUCUCCUCCUCUUCCUAAAAUUGGCAGAGCUGUUUUUUGUGUCUUCUCUUCUGAUGCAGUGUUUUGUGUUUGUUUUUUUUUUUUUUUUUUUUUUUUAACACCGAUUGAAACAUUUCAUCUGUGGUUCCUGCCUCGUUUCUGGGGGUUUGUCAAUCAGAGUUCUCUAACACUGGCUCCUGAGAACUAAAGGUCUUUCGAUUUCUAUUAUCUUUCUAAUCCCAGGGCAUUUAUUUCCUUUGUCAUAUACACUUGGUGUCCUUUACCAAGUGGUGAGUUCAAUUUUUUUUUUUAAUAAAACAUUAAUUGUA